GAGCGCCAGGGGGCAAAGGCUGUGGACCAGGGCUCACAGAAGAGGCGGUGCCGCCGCCGCCACCGACGGCCAGCCCAUAACGUCGCGAUGGACAAGAAAGGCCACGCGUUGGCCGUCACGGCCUUCGCACUGGACGCCGAGGGGAACCUGAUGGAGGACGCCCCCAGGCCGCCGGUGCCCGGCAAGGAAGACCGCCCCCGCGCCGGCUGCCGCAUCGCCGCCUCCAAACCCUCGGCGGGCAGCGGAGCGUCCGCGGCCGCCGUCGAGCGCGCCGCCGCCGCGGGUGCCAAGUGGUGCACGCCCCGGCGGCACGACUACGACCUGGGCUUCGAGCCCGAGGGCAGCGCCAGCGCCGCGGCGCCGUACGCCCGCUGCGGCGAGACGCUGCCGGCACUGCUGGGCGACCCGGACGGGGCGCACCUCCUGCGCGCGUUUCUGCGCGAGCGCGGCCUCGUCGACCUUGUCGACUUCUGGUUCGCGUGCAAGGGCCUGCGCAAGCAGCCGCGCGCCCGCACCGCCCGCGCCGCCCGCGCCAUUUACAAGCGCUACGUGGCGGACGUGGGCGGCGUGGUGGCGUCCCGCCUCAAGCCGUCGACGCGCUCCGCUGUGCGGGAGGCCGUGCUGGCGCAAGCGGCGGGUGGCGCCGGCGGUGGCGAUUGCGGAGCAGGCGGGGGGGAGGGAGCGUUUGACCGGGCGCAGGGCGAGGUGCAGCGCUGCCUGGAGGAAGCGGCGUACCCGGCGUUCCUGCGCUCGGACGCGUACCUGCGCCACGCGCUUGCGGAGAGCGCCGGCGGCAAGGAUCACGGGAAGGUGGUGGUGCUGGUCCGGCCGCCAGACGAUGCUGCGCAGGAGGAGCAGCAGCAGCAGCAGCAGGAGGAGGAGGAGGCAGCGCCGGUUGGGACAGAGUGGACGGAACGUGGUUUUGGUGGGCUGGUGCAGUCGGAGCCACUGUCCGUGGCGACGUCGUGCCGGUACGACCCGGCAAACAGCGUCAACGACAGCGAGUGCGCCGCGUCGAGCGGCGGCACCGCCACGGAUGACGGCGCCUCCGUGGCCGAUAGCGCCAGCGUCCGGUACGGAGCGCCGGACUUUAGCCACAGGGCACCGCCACACGCUGAGAGGACGCGACCGGCUUCUGGCGGUGCAGGGGAGCCGCUCCACCCACCGUGGGCGGUGCGAGUGCCGCGGGUGGCCAGACACUCGGAGCCGGCAGUGUUUGCGGCAGAGCUGAUCCGGCGCCUGAACUCGGUGCAGAUGGAGCGGCACUGUCAGCACCAGCCGCUGCUGUACAGCCAGAAACAGCAGCAGCAUCAGGAGGAGGAGGAGGAGCGGCAAGAGGAGGAGGAGAAGGAGGAGACGGUGACGAUGGCGACACUGGGACUGUCGGGCGCGUCCGUGCUGCCGGCGCUGCACCCGUUUGCGCUGCUGCUGCGUGCCGGCGCCGAUGCCGACGACGACCCCGAGCGAAUCCUGGACCAGCACGUGUCGCGAGUCCUGCGCACCCCCGUGGUGUGCCGCUCGCCCACCAGCCGCCCCCACCAGCACGGCCACCAGCACGGCCACCAGCACCACCACCAGCACCACCACCACGCGGCCCAAGCCGCGGCGGUGAGCGGGCGGGCGCUACCAGUGGACAGGAGCCAGCACGGGGCGACGGCCGUUCCCUUCAGGAAGGCCAUCCCGGCGGAGGAGGUGGACAGGGCGAGGCAGAUCUGGCAGUGGCUGGUGGAGGGAGAGAGGGAUGGGCUCGGGCACGUGCACAGCGAGCUGGUGGUGGAACGUCCCUGGGGCCCUCCUCCCAGGCGCCGGGUGGUGCAGCCCAACCACCCGUUCCUGCAGGACCCGUCCAUGCCACCCCCGCCGCCCCCCAACACCACCGUGCAGCUGGAGGAGGCCAAGCGGCGCCUGGAGGAGGAGCAGCUGGUGCCCUUGAGCCGGAGCGCCCAGCCCGGCAAGCACAAGUACGUCCAGGAGGUGAUUGAGAGGGGCCGCUGUCUUGCCAGGGGCGUUGCCGCGCCCAUCACGAGCGCCGUUUCCACCGUCCCGGACGCACACCCUGCGGAGUACGGUCGGCGAACGGGACGGCGCCUGGGAGCUCGUGGCCCGCCGGGGGGGAGGAGGAGGAGAGGGGAGGGGGGGCCAGCGGGGGGUGGCGGGGGCGGCGUGGUGGUGGCGUACUACUUCUGCGGGGAGCCCAUCCCGUACCGUUCCAGGGUGAGGGGUUCCCUCACCCUCGCCCACUUCAAGGAGCUGCUCACCAAGAAGGGCAACUACAGGUGA